AUGUUGGAAGCAAUGUUGGACGACGCUUCCGCUUCUUUGUCACCUCUACCGCAAAGUCUAUCGCGCGGUUUAGUCGCUGUCGCGACCUUUGGUCUUUUAUCAUUCUUCUGUUCGAUUAGUUUAUUUCUGUACCUCACCUACAGGAUCAUAUCAUGGAAGAGAAGCACGCCCAUCGCUCAAGGUCAGACGGCAACUCCGAUCAAUCAAUUUUUAUUCCUGAUAUACAAUUUACUAUUCGCCGAUAUUCAACAAUCAAUGGGAUUUUUACUCAACAUCAGUUCGCUCAAGAAUAAUGGUAUCAUAGUAGGAACAUCGACAUGUUGGGCUCAGGGAUGGUUUAUGUCGACAGGAGAUUUGGCCAGUAGUGUAUUCAUCUCAGCGAUCGCAUGUCAUACUUUCCUCGGUGUCGUGAAGAAAUAUCGUCUUCCCCAAUGGGCAUUUCACACCGUUGUUGCGGGAUGCUGGGUAUUCGUUUACGGAUUGGCGACUAUCGGUGUCGCGAUGCACCCACAUAAUUUUUACACGAGGGCUUCUGCUUGGUGCUGGGUAAGUAGCCAAUAUCAAGACGAACGUCUUUGGCUUCAUUACUUUUGGGUCUUCGUCGCUAUGUUUGGCACAGUCUUAAUCUACGCCUGUAUUUUUAUAUACCUCCAUCAUCAAUCGCGCUCCUCUCCACCUGGACAAACAUCAUCCGAUCGUCACCGCGCUCAACCUCUAAUGAUUCUUUAUCCAUUGAUUUACACCAUCUGUACCAUUCCACUUGCCGCAGGACGUAUUGCAGCUCUCGCCGGGACGGAGAUUAGCUUGGAGUAUUUCUGUGUAGCGGGUAGUAUGAUUGCGUGUAAUGGGUGGUUGGAUGUAUUGUUGUAUGCGAGCACAAGAGCAGAUAUUGUGUUCAGUGAGUUUCCGCCAGGGGAGGAGACGGGUUUGGAGACUUUUGCAUUCAUGGGAAAGGGACAUUCGAUGGGAACGACGACGACUAUCGAAGCAGGAGGAUUAGGUUCUCAGGUUUUGAGGGGAAAUAGAGGGAGUGGAAACAUGGGAGGGAGGUGUCACACCGCUACUGAUAGCACGGAUAAUCUCUACAAGAUGGGAGAUAUUUCCGUGGCAAAGAAUGUUAGUGUUAGUGUGAGUAUGACAAGAGAUGGAGAUUUGAGUGUCGGACAGUAUCCUAGGGGGACAGAAGGAAGUAAGGAUGGUAGUGAAGAUCUUGGAAGUGAUUCGGGCUGGGAUAAUGUAAAGAGUAGAAGGAGUGAAAGUGGGAAGAGUGGAUUCAGUGAUUAG